GCCGAACGCAGAGCCCGUGCUCUCGCAGCAGCCAGGGAGGCAGCAAAUGCCGCAGCUAGGGAACAGGCUACAGCAGCAGCCAGAGCAACAGCAAUGGCUACCCCAGCAGCAUCCUCUGCUGCAUCCUCGUCUGGGACUCAGUUGGGAAUGCCUUAUGGGCCCACGGGUACUUCCGGGUCUGUAGGUUCUAGUCAGUCCACAAGUCAAAUGGCGGGCUCGCAAUUCAGUCCGUUGACCCCAUGCGGCAGGGAGCUCCUAGAGCUCCAACAAGUCGAAAGGAUCCGCGCUCGGUUAGCGAGGGAAUUGAAGCAAGCUACCGACAGAGAAAAGGAGAUCAAAAAUAGAACAUCCAGGCUUGAUACGUUAGAGGCAGACAAAGCUGCAUUAGAGGGUUUGGAUGAGUCAGCCAUGUCUGACCAAAUGAAAGUAUUGAAGAAUAGUGUACUGUCGCUGCAUGCACAUGUGGACAGCAGACUGGACUUCAUGCAUAACUCUUUGGACCAGAUCUUGGACCUUUUACAAAGGCCAGGAUUUAGGCCAGCAGCACAGUCGCCGUUGCCGUUAACGACGAUGUCAGGCCCCUUUCCGGUACAAGCUGGCACACAACCAAGUGAAGAUUUAGAACGUGAGUGGUCAAGCAAGGACCCUCGCGAAUCUUGGGUGGCACUAAGAAGAGGUCCUAGAGGGGAACAUUUCAUUGUGGAAGUUGUUGUAGGAGACCGCAAAUGUGGUGCCUUCAUAGACAUCGGCUCCACACGGAAUUACAUAAGUCGCGACUGCUUGGAAAGGCUGCACCUACAGGACCGGGUACAACACCUUAGUAGACCAGUAGCAUCUACUUUGGCCAAUAAGGAGUGCAUGGUUGUCACAGACUAUAUCAAGGAUGUAGUUUGUACCUUCUCCUAUGGAGGAGGGGAACUUGAUCAUAAGAUUUCGUUCCUGGUUAGCGACGACUUACCAUUUGACAUGUUGUUAGGAAUGUACUACCUUGAGGUUGCCAAGUCCCAAUUUGACUGGGACAAGAACGUGCUAAAGCAUAAGCUGCCUGAUGGAAGAAUAGUGAGACUGACUAAGUUCAAAGCCAGUAGUAUAAUCGAUACCUAUGGCUGCUUGUGUGCAUCAGCGUUCUAUAACUAUUAUAAACAAAACCAAGAUGAGGGUAUGCACCUAGUGUAUGUCUCUGAGAAAGGGGAGGCCGUUAAAACACCCCCAGAGAUAGAACACGUCGUUGCUAAGUUCCCUGAUCUGUUUGAGGAGCCUACAAGAGUCGUAGAGAGAAAAGGGAUGGAUCCGGCCGAGUACUUCCCCUUCGGAUCUCCAGUGCUAUUUGUAUCGAAGAAGGGGGGUACAUUGAGGAUGUGCAUUGAUUACAGAGGCCUCAAUGCCAUCACAGUGAAAAAUGCAGAGCCUCUACCUCGCAUAGACGACCUAUUGGAUAGGGUGCAGGGAUGCAAGUACUAUAGCAAGAUAGACUUAAAAUCCGGCUACCAUCAGAUCGCAAUAAGACCUGAGGAUCAACACAAGACUGCUUUUCAGACCAGAUACGGUCUGUAUGAGUUUGUAGUGAUGCCUUUAGGCCUUUGCAAUGCUCCGAGUACAUUCCAGCAUGCCAUGAAUAGGAUCAUCCAUGACCACUUACAUAAGUUUGUCGUCGUCUACCUUGACGAUAUUCUUAUCUUUAGUAAGUCUGUCGAGGAGCAUGCACAGCACGUUGAGACUGUACUUGCACUCCUGCGACAACACAAGUAUAAGGUCAACCUAGAGAAAUGUGAGUUUGGACGCACUAAGAUCUUAUACUUGGGUCACAAAGUAUCCGCGGAAAGUAUUAGGCCGGAAGAUGCGAAGGUGGCUAGUAUCAGGGACUGGCCACGACCUCAGACGGUUACUGAGGUCAGAUCUUUCUUAGGAAUGUGCGGCUACUAUAGAAACUUUGUAAAGAACUAUUCUACAGUCGCCUCUCCUUUGACUGAUCUAACUCGACUUGACACGUCGUGGGACUGGAGUGAUGAGUGUGAGGCUGCUUUCAAACGAUUGAAGCAUGUACUCAUGAAUCAUGAGGUUUUCAUGGUGCUCGAUCCUCAGAAGCCUUUCAUAGUAACCACUGACGCAAGCCAAUACGACAUUGGCGCAGUGCUGGCUCAGCAGGAUGGGAAGAAGUUGAGACCGAUUGAGUAUAUGAGCAAAAAGAUGCCAUCUAAGAAACUGGCAAAGUCCACCUAUGAAAGGGAACUCUAUGCUCUCUACAAAGCACUUGUCCAUUGGAGGCACUUUCUGCUGGGACGGUUUUUCUAUUUGAGAACUGGCCAUCAGACCCUUAAAUGGAUCAAGACUCAACUAGCUCUUUCUGAUGCACUCAAGCACUGGAUUGAGGUCAUAGAUCAGUAUGACUUCAAGCUAGAGUAUCUGAAGGGAGAGUACAACAAGGUUGCAGAUGCGCUAUCACGUAGGGCAGACUACCUAGGGGCGCUAGUUUCUGAGUUUGGUGUAUCUGAAGAACUAACUCAAUCGCUGGUGGGAGCCUAUCAGGAAGACCCUGUCGCGAUGGACAUCAUACGCAAACUUCAGGCAAAAGAAAAGGCCACAGAAGAUGAGUUUGUGAUGGUGGACGGGCUUCUCUUUCUUGAUAAGGCCGGAUUUAAAAGGUUAGUUGUUCCAUCUAGUGAACGUUUGCGUAGUUUAUUCUUAGGAGAAUGUCAUGAUGCAACCGGACACUUAGGCUACAAAAAGACGAGUGCCAAUCUAGUACAACGAUUUUGGUGGCCCGGAAUGCUAGAAGAUGCAAAGAAGUAUGUGGAGACCAGUCAGGUCUGUCAGCAGGACAAAUCACGAACUCAAGCACCGCUUGGGUUGUUGAAGCCCUUACCUAUCCCCGCUGUUCCGGGACAGAGUGUUUCCAUGGACUUCAUGGACACCCUGGUGACCAGUAGGAAUGGCAAGAGGCACAUCUUUGUCAUCAUAGACCGAUUCACCAAGUACGCUAUACUAAUUGCCAUGACAGAGACCGCAAGGACUGAACACGUCAUCAAGUUGUUUUUGGACAGGGUGCGUGAUUUUGGACUACCAAAGUCAAUCGUUAGUGACAGACAUGUCCGCUUCACAAGUGAGUUGUGGAAGAAGACUGUUGAACAGAUGGGCAGUCAACUUCAGAUGACUUCAGGGAAUCAUCCCGAAGCCAACGGACAGGCCGAGCAGAUGAACAGAGUUGUACAACACCUGCUGGGGCAUUACAUCAAGCCCAGCCAGGAUGACUGGGAUGAGAAGUUGCCUCUCAUCGCCAGCUUGUACAACAACGUUGUACACAAUAGUACCGGCGUUAGUCCUAACCAGCUGCACUUGGGAUGGAAGCCUAGAUCAGCUCUAGACUUCCUCCUACCUGAAAACCGAUCCUCUGCAACUCCGGGCACACUUGAGUAUGGUGUGCAGUAUGAGAAGUUGCUACAACAAGCUGUCGAGCACAUCAGGAAAGCUCAACAAGCAAUGAUUGCUUCUGAGAACAAACAUCGUCGACAGUCCUCAUUUCAGGUAGGGGAACGUGUCUGGGUCAAGGCUAGUGAGUUAGGACAGGAAUUCAGUAUCUCUCGAAAACUAAUGCCUCAGUAUUUUGGUCCCUGGGAAGUUCUGGACAUCGUUGGGGAUGAGAUGGAUGGUCCUACAUAUGUUAUCCGUAUCCCUGGUCAUCUGCACACUCACCCUGUCUUUCAUGCCUCAAAGCUUGCACCUUUCGCUGAGACAGAUCAAUUCCCUUCAAGAAGAUCGAUGCUGCCCCCAACCAUGGAUGGCCAAGUGGACAUCAACGACUUUGUGGGUCACAGAGACUUGCCUGUUCCAAAGCCGUUGGGUCGAGGAAGACCUCUCAAACCUAAGAGAGAAUAUCGCGUAAGAUUCAGGCAUCAUAUGGAUCCAAAAGAAGAUCGGUGGUUCACCAGAGAGGAACUGAUUGCCACCGCUCCUCAAGUGGUGGCAGAAUAUGAGAGAAUGUUAAAAGGGAAGGCACCUGCGAAGUAAGCAUCUCAGCGGACUUUCGAAGCUAAGGGGGAUGAAUGUGAGGAUUGAGCCCUCAAAGGGGCCUUGCCGUGAUGUACAUGUUAUGGGCCAAGGCCCCCAGCAAGCAUCGUGCCCGCCCUAAGUGAAGGCGGGCCAGCAAAUCAACGAGAGCCCUCUGU